UUCAAUAGUGAGGCCAGCUUUUGGUUCUGAAUUUGAUUUAGUUAUUCGAGGUAAUAGUAUGAAUUGUUAUAGUAGCAAUACAUAUUCAAAAGUACAUAAUAUUCUAGAUGAUAAACAAACUAUUGCAGAUUAUGAAGUAUUUCGGAUGAAACAACAAGAAUUUUAA